CGCCCCCCCCGGCCCGGUUGCCACGUCGAGGCAGCGAUCGCCGGCCGCGCUGGACCAGGGGGCAGCCCCCGGGCGCUGAGCACCAUGGCCGGGAAAGGCGGCUCGGAGCAUCCCUGCGCCCCGCCCGCCGAGCAGGAGGCGGCGGGACCCCUCGGCACCAAGAUCUCCAUCCCGGCCCUGCUGCCCCAGGGCCCCGCCAAGAAGUGGCUGGAGCAGCGCCGGGCCACCCUGCGCCCCUGGGGCACCUUCGCCGACCAGCGCCGGUUCGGGAAGCCCCGGAACUUCGGGGAGCUCUGCCAGCGCCUGGCUCGCAACGUGGAGUAUUUCCAGAGCAACUACGUCUUCGUCUUCCUGGGGCUCAUCCUCUACUGCCUGUGA